CAUGUGGACAGUCGACUUGUGUUUUGAUUUUGAUAUUAGAUUUGCGAUAAUUUUUGUUUUUAUCAAAAACAUGCUCUGAUUUAGUUUUAAAAAACCAACGCUGAACGAUUUAUAAGCAAAGUAAAAAUGGUUAUUAAGGAUUGGACCAAAGUGACACCUGCGCUCUCGCAGCCAGUGUUAAAUUGCAUCAAUAAGCAGGGUUUCAAAACUAUGACUCCUAUACAAGCAGCUGUAAUUCCACUCAUUCUUUCGUGCAAGGACGUGGUGGCGGAAGCGGUGACCGGAUCUGGUAAAACCUUGGCCUUCGUGGUUCCCAUGCUAGAGCUGUUGAUGAAGAAGGCGAGAGAGGCCCCUCUUAGGAAGGACUUUGUUUAUGCCGUUAUCAUUUCACCCACCAGAGAGUUAGCUGUGCAAAUAUUUAAGGUCAUAGAGCAAUUCCUUCAGGAGCCUGAACUGCAACACAUAAGCCUCUCCCUGCUAGUGGGGGGCAGGAGCAUAGAGGCAGAUGCGGAGAGCAUGCAGAAGGGGGCCCAGGUGGCUGUGUGCACACCAGGGAGGUUCCAAGACUUGUUGGCUGAAAGGAAGCAUCUGAACUUGCCUGGACGAGUUAAAGAUUUGGAAUUUUUAGUCCUCGACGAAGCAGACCGCCUCCUCGACCUAGGCUUCACAUCAACUCUCAACACAAUACUGCAGUACCUUCCCCGCCAACGCCGCACGGGCCUCUUCUCUGCGACACAGACUAAAGAGCUCCAGGACCUAGUCCGAGCGGGCUUGCGGAACCCUGUACUGAUCAGCGUUAAAGAAAAAGCAUCUAUAAGCACACCCAUGUUAUUAGAGAACUUUUAUGUUAUAGUGGAGCCACAGGACAAAUUCUUAUUCCUCUUAAACUUUAUAAGAAACCGUAAGAUCUGGAAGGGACUGUUCUUCCUACCGACCUGUGCGUGUGUGGAUUACUGGGCGGAUGUGCUGCCCGCGUUGUUGCCAGAUAUAAAAAUAUUUGCGAUUCACGGGAAGAUGAAGCAGAAGAGGAAUAAAAUAUUGGAGGGAUUCAGGGUGGCGGAAAACGCGAUUUUGCUGUGCACAGAUUUAAUGGCAAGAGGCCUGGACAUCCCAGCAGUGGAGUGGGUGCUGCAGUGGGAGCCACCCAGCAGCCCCGCAGCCCUGGUCCACCGCGCAGGACGAUCGGCGCGGGGCGGGGCUGCGGGGUGCUCCCUGUUGCCUCUGUUGCCGUCGGAGGAGGCCUACGUGCCCUUCAUCCGCGCCAACCAGAAGGUGGAGCUCCAGGACUGGACGCUAUCCGGAGAUAAGCUCACCGUCACGCAGAAACUGAGGGACAAGGUGCUAUCAAUUCUCCACGAGCAGCAAAAUCGAGACAAAGCAGUUUUAGACAAAGGACAACGCGCAUUCGUCUCCCACAUACAAGCGUACUCCAAACACGAAUGUAACCUGCUUCUCCAACUGAAGGAGCUCCCACUAGGCCACAUAGCCACCAGCUACGGCCUCCUCAAGCUGCCCCUCAUGCCAGAGGUCAAAGAGGAGCAUAGACUCCAGUUUGUGGGGCCCAAAGACAAGAUAGACUUCAACAGCAUCCCAUACAGAGACAAGCAAAAGGAGGCGAGUAGACUGCAGAAGUUAGAGGAGUAUAAGAAGACAGGAGUUUGGCCGACGAAAAAGAAAAAGAAAAUGGCCCAAACACAACCUUGGGAACAGGCAAAACUGAAUAAAGAAGAGAGAAAAGAGAAAAAGAAAAAGCGCAAAGAGCUAAAGAAGAAGAACAACGAAGAAGGUAAAGGAAAGAAGAGAAGAGCGGUUACUCAAGAAGAAUUAGAUGAAUUGGCGGUGGACAUAGCUCUCAUCAAGAAGUUGAAGAAGCGGAAGAUCUCUGACGACCAGUUCGACAAAGCUUUUAAUGUUGACAAAUAGAUAUUUAUAAAUG